AUGCAGAAAAUGAGUGAUAGACACAUGUCGAGUAUUUUUCCAGAAUGCGAUCAGUUGAAACAGAUUUACGACAAAUGCUUCACCGAAUUUUUCCAAAAAUUCAUUACACCUAAUUACAGACACCAAUAUGCGGUAAACCCAUGUGAGCGAUUUCACGAAGUUUACAAACGAUGUGUUGAUGAGAGACUGGCAACUCAGAGACCAUUCGAAAUAGAUUUGGAUGAAAUUCGGAAAGAAUAUUUGAAUACCGAUGAUGAUAAGUUGAAAGACCGACAAAAUCGCCAGUCAACGGACUCUGAACAUAAAUAA